CGGAGGCGGUCAUGUGGGCGGUCACGUGCUGCGGCGAGCUCGGUCCAAAAGAAAAUGGGGUUUGGUGUAAAUCUGGGGGUGUAAUGUUAUCAUAUAUCACGCUACCUCGUAAAACCGACACUGAAAGCUGCCGGACAACAAAUCACAGGUCAAAAUUAUGAGUUCUUCGUAUUAUGUGAACGCGCUUUUUAGCAAAUAUACGGCGGGGGCUUCUCUGUUCCAAAAUGCCGAGCCGACUUCUUGCUCCUUUGCGCCCAACUCGCAGAGAAGCGGCUACGGGGCCGGCGCCGGCGCCUUCGCUUCGACCGUACCGGGCUUGUACAAUGUCAACAGCCCCCUCUAUCAGAGCCCCUUCGCGUCCGGCUACGGCCUGGGCGCCGACGCCUACGGCAACCUGCCCUGCGCCUCCUACGACCAAAACAUCCCCGGGCUCUGCAGUGACCUCGCCAAAGGCGCUUGCGACAAGGCGGACGAAGGCGCGCUGCACGGCCCGGCCGAGGCCAAUUUCCGCAUCUACCCCUGGAUGCGGUCUUCAGGGCCCGACAGGAAGCGGGGCCGCCAGACCUACACGCGCUACCAGACGCUGGAGCUGGAGAAGGAGUUCCACUUCAACCGCUACCUGACGCGGCGCCGCCGCAUCGAGAUCGCCCAUGCGCUCUGCCUCACCGAGCGCCAGAUCAAGAUCUGGUUCCAGAACCGCCGCAUGAAGUGGAAGAAAGAGCAUAAAGAUGAGGGUCCGGCCGCCGCAGCCCCCGAGGGCGUAGUGCCCGCCGCCGCCGCCGCCGCCACCGCCGCCGCCACGGACAAGGCCGACGAUGAGGACGAAGACGACGAAGAGGAAGACGACGAGGAAGAGGAAUGAGGGGCCGAGUAGGGGCCCUGGCUGCACCAGACAGUCGGGAAAGCGUCUUUAGAGACUCACUGAAUUUAUUUACAAAAGUGGAAAAAAUAAAAAGAAAACGUGAAAAACAAAAACAAAAACAAAAACAACAAUCCCCAACCUGCACCCAUCUACCCCAUUACCUAUCCCAGCUCCCACCUUUUCUGGACUAAGCAGCCGCCUAGACUGGGUCCCCUUGGGGAUCCCUCUGCCCCAAGGACUCCCAGCAGACACUCUCCCUACCCCGGCCGCCCAGUUCUGCACUGGCACGGCUAAAAUACUACCUAGCACAGGCCUCGGCCAGAGGCAACCCCAAACUACCUAUGGGCCCAGUCCCCAGUAGGCCUCCACUCCCAGGAAGCCCAGACGCGUCCCAACACUGGCAGACACCCAGCACCUCCCCCAUACCGACAAGGACCUGAUUUUCUCAGUACUACCUACUCGCCCCAAACUACCUAUUUUGUGCUCACUGGCUCGCCUGCUACCUAGUGCCGGCCCCUUCCCCGGCCAGGCCCCUCUUGCUUCUGCCCAGCAGCCUUUGGGGUCCCUGAGGCUGCACUGAGAAGACGCUGGGGUCCGGGGACCAGGGUAUUGGCUUCUAUUUAAAUUGAAAAAUAAUAUAUUUAUUCCAAAGCAUUCUAAGUGCUGCAACCUAGAAUCCCUCCAUCUCUGGUCUGGGCACCCCAAGUUCAGGCCCUUUACUCCCACUUCUGGAGGGGAGCACUCCCAAGCUAGCUGCAGACCUCUGGGUUAGCUUUGCUUAGUAGGACUGCAGAGAUGCUCCCAGCCUCCUGCACCUCCCCUGGCCCCAUGUCCUACUGUCCAGCCAUGUUGAAUAUGUACACCCUGACUUUUCCUACAAUAGCAAAUAUUGUAUAUUUGAACAAGAUUUUUUUUUUGUCAUUUAUAUAGUCUUGGAGGUCAUUUGUAAGGCAAUGUCUUGACUUGGGAAGGAUGUGUUAAUGGGGUGACUUUGUAGCAUGGUGUGUUGUCUUGAGCUAACUUUAUAGCUGGUGGGGAGGGCUAAUGCCCUUCUCAAUGCCCUUCAUCUCUUGUGUUGUCCUGCGUCCCCCCUUGUCCCUUUAGGCUUUAGCUUGGGGUUCCAGGAAUGGGAAGGCAUGCUUCCUGUCUUGCCCAGCUAACCGUGUUUUAUGUAACAGAAAAAUAAAGAUGCUUGGUGACAAAGAAACAUGGACUGCUUUAUCUAGGGGGGCCUGGGAAAGAGAGGUGACCAUGGCUGGAGAGCAAGCCCUGGGUAUGUCUGCAUGCCCAAAGGGGUCUUGGGGAAGCAAACAUGGAAGGAUGAAUAACGUCCAGGUGUUGAGUGUCCAUGGUUUGGUGUUUAUGUGUGGCAGGUCCCUUUUUGUGUGGAUUUGUAUAGGUGCGUGUGUACCUCUUU